GCUCUGACGUUGAUACACUGUCACGUUGUGCGUUGUGCUGGCUGUAGCUGUAUGGUACAGUCAGCCUCCUACAUGUCUUACAUGUAAGUCAUUACAGAGAAAAGCUGUGGGCAACAUGCCUGGUAUUCGUGUUGGGGGUUUCGUGGUUUCACACAAAGAAAAGUAGGAAGAAAGAGAGAGAAAAGGGGAGAGAGAAAUAGAUAGUUGUCAGGAAAUAUUUGCCUCAUUUUCUAAGGGCGCAUCAUUGAUUUUGGCAUUGUAUCCUGGUCUGUCUUUGAGCGCUUCGAGAGGAUGGAGACGAUGGAAUCCAUGGAGCCGAUAUCUGCGCACUACACCACGGCAUACCCGGAGAUCCACCCUGACAGCGCCUAUGGAUCUACGGAAGGGGAGGAGAACCAUUCACCGUCUGCCACCCCAGCUCUUUCAUACGACGAAGAAUUAAUGCACAAGACUAUCCUGGUGGGGGAUAGUGGAGUGGGUAAGACGUCUCUUCUGGUCCAGUUUGACCAGGGCAAGUUCAUCCCUGGAUCCUUCUCUGCUACUGUUGGCAUCUGCUUCACGAACAAGGUGGUGACUGUAGACAACGUGAAGGUAAAACUACAGAUGUGGGACACUGCAGGCCAGGAGCGGUUCAGGAGCGUGACACAUGCCUAUUACAGGGACGCCCAUGCCUUACUCCUUUUAUAUGACAUCACCAGCAAAUCCUCCUUUGACAACAUACGGGCGUGGCUUACAGAGAUUCAUGAGUAUGCACAGAGGGAUGUAGUCAUCAUGUUGCUGGGCAACAAGGCGGACAUGGCCAGUGAAAGAGUGAUCAGGAGAGACGAAGGAGAGAAGCUGGCCAGGGAGUAUUCUGUUCCUUUCAUGGAGACAAGUGCCAAGACUGGGGUGAACGUUGAUCUGGCUUUCAUUGCAGUGGCAAAGGAGCUGAAGCACAGGGCAGUACAUGGCCAGCAGCCCAACGAGCCCAAGUUCCAGAUUCAUGAGUACAUUGAGUCUCAGAAGGAAAAGUCUGGUUGCUGUAGCUACUUCUGAUGCAGAUACCUCUUUCUCUCCCCUCUGACUCUAUACUCCCCCGAUCUGCAUCAGCUCUGCCAGGUACAACCAAGGGGAGUGAAGAGGUGACAUCUAAGUAGUACACAGCAAGGAACUUACAGGGAGGGAAGUACAUCAACUAAUCAGCUUCGGAUGAGUGUGGGGGAAUUGGCUUUGAGGUUUUGUAUUUAUCUUUUACACAAGUACAGAAAUGUCAUAGAAACGUUUUCCCCCUUUUACAAGGGAGAGCUGUUUCAAGAUGAACACAUUUCCCCUAGGAUCCAUGACACUGUGUUAUAAUUAAAAUGCAGUGCCAUGCAUGUGUCACAAGGUGGAAAGUGUUGGGUUCUAAGUCUGGGUUGAGCAGGCAGAGUGAAGCAGAGGCAGACAACAAAAUAAUGUUUUCAAACAUUUAUUUUCUAUGGCAUGGUUUUCUCCACAUAUAUUGCGAUCAAAGUUUAAGCAUGUUCUCAGUUAAAAUUCUUACUUCAAUUCCAUAAUUAUUUUCCAUACUUCAUAGCAUGCUCUUUUACUUUUAACUUUAAAACCCAUGCUAGUUACAACCACAGAUAUACAAACUAAACAAAACAAAAAGGGUCCCAGGAAGUGAUAGAGUCCAGGAGGCAGGCGUCCAUUUUUUCAAGAGCUCAAUUUCAGCAUGACCAAACUCAAUUAGCAAUGUGCUCUAACCAAACAAAGCCAUAACACGUUCCGGCACAACCUGGGAGCCACCAUGCUUCCAGACAACAUUCACUUCCUGUGAGCAGCUGCCUGGAACACAAAAACGAAUGGGUUCAAAUACAGCGUUCAAAAGCAUAUGAUGUGUUAAUCAACCAACACAAAUGCUUCCAUGCAAAUAACUCACACCUGCUUUCAGAUAUAUAAUAAUACAAUUUCAUAAUAUUAUGCUGCUGAAGGUAUUUCAGGUUGCCAAUUUGAGUAUGAACUUGAGUAUUUUACUCAGAAUAUUACAAUAUGUUAUUUACCUGGUCAGUAGUUUCUUGUGAGAAUGCCAAAUGUUGUAUUUGAUGUAUGCUGCAUAAAAAUUAUA